CACACACGUUCCUUCGUACAUUCACACACUCACGCUCGACGAUCACAGCCAGCGGACCACAAUCUCUCAUGUUGGUCCUGGCGUCAGUAUGAUCACGACUCUAGACACGACGCAACAGCGGUGCAAGCCUCCGUUGAACUUCGAUUACCAGGCUCCCUCUCAGCAACCCGCCUUCUCGAACCUGUGGUCGUCCUCGCCGCCUCAGCCUAGCUGGCAGCGGUCUGUUCGUCGAAAACCAGCAGCAACCUCCCAUGAAGCCGACCAUUAUGGCUGGAAAGCGGCCGCAACAGGGCCGCCGCGCGAGCACUAGCAAUGGAUCGUCGAUGGCACCCUACGGCUCAAUGCCCGUUGCCACCACUUCUGCAGGUAGACACAGCCCUUCGUCUAUGACCGGUAUCCACGAAUAGCAGGGCUUACUCAAUGUUGCCCUAGAUCUCUUGAGCAUGAGCCGUAUGCAAACUACUUCGGCUGGUUACGCAGACCCUUUCUAUCCCACAGCUGCCUCUCCCCCCAGUGGUCACUUUGCACCGAUCUCUGCGCCCCCCUACGACACCAUGAGGUAUGCCCCUGCCCCAGCCCCAGUGCAGGCAGCCACCUUGAGUAUGGCUCCCGAGGCUGACUCGUCUCGGAGCCAAUCGUCGCUUCAGGAUGAGCGGAGAUGCUUUGCUGAUGCGCUCGAUGCCAGCUAUGGCAUGCUCGCCAUGAGCCACGAAACCCUUCGGAACACCUGCGACAACCGCCACAAUCGGUCGUCCAUGGAUUCCAUCAGCUUCCCCUGCAUCUCCACCAUUUCUUCGACUGGAAACUUCAGUUCUUACUACCAGGGAGACUCCGUGUCCGAUUAUUCCACCGCCGGUUCAGACAUCAAAUCGGACAAUUCACGGACUUUGCCUCGGCCCCAGGGCUUUCUUGCCUCCCAAAUCCCGCCCGCCCCCCAGUCAAUGAUGGGCCAGUUCAGGCCCAAGGUGUCGUCCAGCACACAAAAGAAGCACAAGUGCAAGGUCUGCGACAAGCGAUUCAGUCGCCCAAGCUCGCUGCGAACUCAUUUGUACAGCCACACUGGCGACAAACCAUUUGCGUGCGAGGCUGAAGGUUGUGGGCGGCAUUUCUCCGUGGUAUCUAACCUGCGACGCCAUCGAAAGGUGCACCGAGGCGACGCCCGUUCCAAGGCACGCUCCGAGGACCACCAUUCGGACUGAAUCAAAGGAUCCGGUCACUUUUGAAGGGACACGCACGGACGCGCCGACCAGUAGCUGUAUACUGAGUGUGCCCUCGUCAAUCCCCCGAAUGUGAUAUCGC